AAAAUGCAGCUGUUUCACCUCUUGUCCGCGCUUUUAGGUCCGCUCAUGCUUCUGCAAGCAACAAUGGGACAACAACAACAAUUUAAUGCAACGGGACAAGAAGACGAUGUCGUUACUCAAGGCAUUGGCAGUGUGUUAGGGAAAAUUGGCAGAUGGUUCCUUCCAAGUAUUUUUGGAGGUGGAGUUCAAGGAAUCAUGGACUACUACGGAAAUAAACAUUGACAGUUCCCACAUCAUUCUG